AUGGCUUCCGAGAUCGUCAAUGGCGACAUCUUCACCCUUGCAGAUAUAGAUCAACACUACUCGCCAGGGCUGGACGCGCGACGGUUGAAUUCUGCCAGUAGAAUCAACACAGAAAGGUCAAACUCGAGCACAGAAAUGCCGCGGGACGGCUUUGGUCACUUCGAAAACUCUUCUCGGGCUCAGCCUACAAGGCCACCUCAUCUUCGACGUCGGAUCACGAUUGGUGGUUCGGCGCAGCGUGUAAAAGGCGACGAGCACAGUACUUGGCCGCUGGAUGCAAGGAAUCGUCCGGCCAUUCGUCCCGCCGGAGAUUCCGGUCUGCUGUCUGUGAAAAGUCAUUACCCCCCGACCAGCUGGAGGCCCACGCCAUCCACUCACGCCAGCAUCUCAGAUGUUGAGGAGAACGGGAUGUCAGAAGGCAGUUCGAGUGGUGACAUGGACGGCGGAUACACGAAGUCGGAUGCCGCUGUCAGCCUCGGAAAGCUGUGUCUCAACCCGACCUUCUCAACCAGCACAAGGACUUCCAACCCAGUGAGAGGUCCUCAAUCCUCUUCCAACCAGACUUCUCCAGCUCGAUCAAAUUCUCGUCAUCGUUACAGCAUAACAUUCUCCCGCUCCGCCGCCUCAGCAAAUUCAGAAACCCUCCAAAACAGGGUGACGCGCGCCUCGGCUUCAAGUCGACGAGCUUCGUCUGGACCGGCCACCCUGCCAGAUCCAGACACUGCUUACGCCCACACUUACUACUAUACUGUCUGUGCCCACACGUCCCCCCCGAUGUCGCGUCCCCUCAACGUGCAGCCGACACCUGUGCCCUACCGCAAAGGCCUUCUGGCGUACCCGCCGUUCCAUCUCCGGGCUUACAGUGCUGAUCCAGCAAUUCCUCCUCCGACAAUUUAUGUGCUCGAGGGAUCAUGCUCCCACUGUGAUAUCACAGUGCGACGUGACGCCGAGUCGAGGGUGCUGGACAGGUACACUCAUCAACUGGAAAACCUUUAUAUUCAAUUGAAUCUGCUGCAAAAGGACAUCGCCAUUGAAAGUUGCAAUGUGUCACUCCCGGCAAGAAGCGACAAUGCCAUAACCACAUUUUCGUUUCCAUCGACACUGGAACUUAAGCCGGAGGCGACCCAAGCAAUUCUCGAGAUUGAAGAUCGGCUGGACCAAUUGAUCAGAAAGCGCGAUCAGGAAGUAAAACAGAUUUGGAAAGGAUAUACGGCGAGGUGGGGUCCAGCAACGGUUGGCAUUCACCGCGAAAACAAGUCUCGUGGCCGCAGUCGACCAGGAACUGCCGACACGCGAGGUAGUGUGUCCCAGGAUACGGCGGGCUCAACGACGACCAGCUUCGGCGUCCCUUCUGAUGAUCGCAGUCCCGGACGAACUCACACAAUGACCACAUUGAGCACACAUCCCACGAUGCCACCCUCUCGUCUGAGCCGGAAUAGGAGCUACGAUACCCGACCACGCGCUAAUUCUGUCGGCGGUCCACAGGAACGAUACUCCCAUGGGACGUACGGGGUUAGUGUCGACUCGUCAGUGGAUGGCAUCAGAGGACGGGGCCGGAUGGUGGUUGAUUGGAUCCGGCCGGGGCAACAGGAAAGCAGGGGCAGGAGUAUCGUUCAGGCGACCAGUCGGCCCAGCAGUCGGCACGUGCCAAAUGCAUCAAGAUAA